AUGCCUGCGGCCCUUCUCCUCCAUGCUCCACCCCUUUCUCCCCCCCCUGCUCUCCCCCCUUUCCCGCCUCUCCUGCCUUUCCCCUCCCACCUGCCCCCAGUGCGCCCAUCACCUGCUGCAGCGCCUGCUUCCCCCACCCACCCACAGGCCCCCUGCCCGCCUCCCUGCCCUGACACGCUCCCUCUGCCCGCCGCUGCACCAGCCCCACUCGCUGCCCCGCUCCCCUCCCCACCCCCCUCCGCUGCCACUGCCAACCGCACGUGCUCCAGCCACUCACCCACCGUCUCAGCCCCUCCCUUUUUCCCUCCGCCCACCGCCAACAUCGCACCUCCCCUUUUCCUUUCCCUCGCAGCCCACAUCGCAGCCUCCUCAAACGCGCCCGCCGCAUCCCCAGGGUGGUUGAUGAGCAGCACUCCAUCUGGGGCCCUCAGUAGCAGCUAUAGCAGCGGCUUCUACGGCAAGACUUACGGCAGCAGCUUCCGUGGUGAUCAGAGUAGCGACAACAACGGCUCUCCUCUUGACUAUCGCCAGCAGCAGCAACAACAACAGCAGCAGCAGCAGCAGCAGCAGCAGCAGCAGCAGCAGCAGCAGCAGCAGGUGUGGCAGCAGUCGUCGCUGAAGCCAUACCCGCUCAUGUGCGCCUUGGCAGCGGUGGCAGCAGUGGCGGCGCCAGCAGCCGCGGGUCUUUCGCGAUCCGACGCACGUGGUCGACGGUAUUCGACGCACGUGGUCGCAGGUAUUCGACGCACGUGGUCGCAGGUAUCCAACGGCUCUGCUUCGUCGCCGUACAGCAACAACAGCAGCACGACGCGUUCGCCCUGCGGCGGAAGCACCUCACCUGUUCUGGAUGAGCUUUCGCCCGGGUUGGGAUCUGGACGACUGCUGUCGCUGGAGACGCCGAGGCACCGGAUUGGUCAGCGGCUGCAGAAGCACCUGCGCGAUCGCAUGUUCAGGGAAUCGUUCUGGAGUCCUGCGCCGCCGCGCGACUCGCUUCCCAAGCCGUUCACGUUCAAGAAGCCUGAGGGCAUCGGCGCCGCUGCCAACAUCUCGCUCGUUCUUGUCGCGAUUCUUGCUAUCGUAGGAAUGACCAUUGCGCUGGCCAUGGCUUCCAUGCCAAUCCUGGGGCUCAUCGAGUCGUACUUCACAGGAGAGCCCGCCAGCCUCUCCGCGCUCUUCCCCCAUCCGUACUCCUCGUUCGCCCACAUGGGCGGGGGCGGAGAGGAGUCCAUGAUGGUCACAGGCGGCUUUGGCUCGGGCCUCAUUUGGUGA